ACGGUUCUGGUUUUCUCCAGUCAACCGGAGUGCAGCAGCCCAAGUGAAGCUAAAAACAUGCAACCGAUGCACAGGUGGAUCCUACUGCUGCUGCUGGCCGGAUUUCCAGCGACUGGUCGGACGGAGGAUCUGCUGGAGUUGUCCUGCAGCUCGGACGCGCAGUGCGCCCAAUUCGAGCGGGGUCGAUGUGUGGACAUGGCCUGCAUCUGCACAGCACGUGGCUCCGGGGAGCAGGUGCCCUGUGCGCCGCUGGAGGAGCGGCUCAAGCUGACCAACAUCAUUGGGGGCACCUGCCCAUGUCCCAUGCCGAAUGCCGUGUGCCACACGCGUUGGGAGCAGUGCCUCUGCUCCGAGGGCUACGUGCCCAGUGAGGACCGCAGGCGAUGCCUGCCGCAGGUGGUCCAGUUGGGCGGCAGCUGUGAGUUCCAGCAGCAGUGCCGGCUGGCGGAUCGGUUUAGCUCCUGCAUUGGCAACCAGUGCCUCUGCCUCAACAAUUUCGAGCUCCAAGAUGGGCGAUGUCUGGCUGCUUUGCAAUCAAGCUGUCUGGAGGACAAGGACUGUGGCAGCUGUGGAGCCUCGAUUUGCCUAACCAAGACGAAGCGGUGCGGCUGCUCCAAGAACUUUGUGCACAACCACAACAUGACCAAGUGCAUCAAGGGCUCCGCUUACGGCGAGACGUGCGAGCACAGUUCGCCGUGCAAGGUGAACCUGGGAGCCGAUGGACAGUGCCUGGAUCACCAGUGCGUCUGUCGUUCGACCCACUACCCCAAAAGGGUAGCCAACAAGGUGACCAAGGAUGUGGACGACGACCAUGAUGAGGCCAACAAAUUGGAGCAGAUCACUUGCGUACCCAUCGUGCCGUACGGCGCACUCUGUCGUCAUGAUCGCGAAUGCCGGAUGCAGUCCAUGGAGCAGGAGAAUGCCACAGCAUCCACUGGUCAUCCCAUGGUGUGCAAAUGGGGCGAGUGCUCCUGCAGUGAGACCCAUCGACUGGAGGACAACAAGUGCGUUUUUGUGGAGAACGCUGCCGCGCAUUAUCAACUAGGAGGCUUUGUGGCCUUCGUUUGUUUCCAGUUUACAAUGAUUCUUUAUUAGGAUGUAGCAAAAAAACGUGUUAAACUUAAAUGAAUAGAUUGAACACACGCUUCACACAGA